CUAAGGGCCAGCCAACCAAGCUCAUCGGAAUGUUGCCAGCUCUGAUUAAGGCUUAGCGGGGCAACGGGGAGUUGGCACAGCGCGUCGAGGCGGGGUAGUCUUCCCGACGCACUGCGGCCGCACCGCCCCCACGCCCUCGCCAUCAUACUCGCGCGCACUCCAGCACACUGGCUGAUCCAGUGAAGCACGAUGGAAAGUACCGGCCAUGUGGAGUGGUAUUCUGAGCUGUGGGAGGUGGCGCAAGCCGCACUUGCCUCGCCGUCCGCCGCCGCGGCGAUGGUAACAGACGUCGCCGGCGGCACAACCCUGCCAGUAAUCGAACUCGCCCAGCAGGCGCGGAACCUCAGCAAUAGGCUGCGCACAUGGCUGCAUGGCGGGCUGAUGCAGACAGAGCCGGGUGGUGUGGCUGAGCACAGCCCCAAUCAGGUGACAGCAGCGCCGGGCGCAGCUGCGGUGGCCGUGGCCAGCGGCCCUGCACCUCCGGUACCUCCAGCACUCCCGCCGCUGGUGGCUGUGUGCUGCGGAGCGUCCACUGACUAUCUGCGUCUGACGCUGGCGGUGCUGGCCGCGGGGUGCGCAUUCCUGCCGCUGGAUCCGGCAUGGCCGGCGGCGCGGCUGGCGGCGGUGCUACAGCUUGCGGCGCCUGCGCUGCUGCUACUGCCACCGCCACCUACUGUCCCUGUACACGCCGGCGGCGGCACGAUAUUGGCUGCUGCUGCUGAUAAUGACACGCAUGCUUAUCGCCAAGCGGUGCGUCGCAGCUGUCACUGCCCUGUCGUGGAGGUGGGCCCGGAGCACUGGCUGCAGCCGCUUGCAGCACCCCAUGCAGCACAAGGGGGCCAGGGCAGUAGCACACCGGCGCAGUGGCCGCCGCCGGCCACAGCCACAGGGCUAGGUCGCAGCCACGGUGUCAGCAGGGCCGCGAGGCCGCUGCCUUACUUUGCGGUGCUGUACACGUCUGGCAGCACCGGCGCCCCGCUGGGGGUGCGUAUGGGUGAGGCGGCCUGGCUGGCACGGCUGAGCUGGAUGCAGCGCAGAUACCCGCUGCGGCCCCCUCGGCUGCAGCAGGCGCAACCGCAGGGGCAGCCGCAGCCAGCAGAGGGGCUCGGUGUGUCAGGAGUAGAAGGGGCGCAGGGCGUCCCCGCGGUGGGCGCCGGUGGGGACAGGGGCUCUGUGGUGUGCUUCUCCACCGCCAUCAGCUUCGUGGACCACCUGUGGCAGCUGCUGGCGCCACUGCUGGCGCCGCACCUGGCACCUGGCCCACCUCCAGCGCCUCCAGCCGAAGCGGAAGCUUCGGAGGUGGCAGCAGCAAUGGUACCGGCUGCAUCCAGCCGCCAGCGCUCGAUAUCGGGGCUACGGGAGGCGCCUGCACCUGCGGCCACCCGUGCUGUGGCCGCGGCGGGCGAUGCGCCCGGUCCGUGCAGUGUGGUCAUUCCGCCGCCGGGCUCGGUGCUGCAGCCGGCCAUGUUCGUGCAGCUGCUGGUGGACCACGGCGUCACACACCUGGUGUCAGUGCCGUCCAUACUGCGGCUGCUGCUGCCGGCCCUGUCCGCUGCUCGCGACCGCCUCGGGCUGCAGCUGCUCGUCUCCAGCGGGGAGCCACUCGCAGUGGCCGCGGCGGCGGAGCUGCAGCGGGCGCUGCCGCCUGGCGCAUCCCUCCUGAACCUCUAUGGCAGCACGGAGGUAACGGCCGACUGUACCUGGUUUGAGGUACCGCGCAAACCCGUCGUCUUGGCAAGCCCGGCGGUGGAAGCCACCGCCGCUGCUGGAGGCAGCCGCAUGUGGGUGCCUGCGGGCUGGCCGCUGGGGGACACACAGAUACUCAUAGCGCCGCCGCCGCAUUCGCCCGAUCCCAGACAACGGGCAGACGGCGGCGGCAAUCAGGAGGGCGGCAGCAGCGGUGGCAGCGGCGGCAGUACAGCCCAGAAGCAGGUGGACUUGGAGCCACUGCCUGCAGGGGAGGUGGGCGAGGUUUGGGUGUCCGGCUCGUGCCUCUCACCGGGUUACCACCUCCCAUCUUGGCCAGGCGCAGCAGGGGUGCAAGCGGCGGCUCAAGCUGCCGCGGCGGCUCGGUUUGUGCGCGUGCAGCUGUCGGCGGAACAGCUUGCACGGGUGGUGACGGCGCCAGGGGUCAGCCCCGCUAUGGCUGCCACCUAUUUCCGUACUGGAGACGUUGGCUUCGUUACGCCGCCGCCGCCCUCGCACCUGCACGACAUCUCGCCACCAGGCUCACCAGGCAGUGCCGGUGGCAAUGGCGGCGAUGGCGGCAGUGGCGGCUGCGGCGGCGGCUGCCUGGUGCUGCUGGGUCGGCUGGACGCGCAGCUCAAGCUGCCGGGCGGCGUGCGCCUCAACCUGGCGGAGCUGGAGGCGGCGCUGGCGGCGCACCCGGCAGUGGCGGAGGCGGCGGCGGUGAUGCUGCCCGGGACAGCGGGCCGCGGCAGCGGCGGCGGCGGUGGCGAGGCUGACAGCAAUCACGGGGGCCAGGGCGAUGCGGCAGGCGCCGGUCUGGGCAUGAUUCAACAGGCGCCCGGUUUACCGCCGGCAGUUGCGGCGUACAUCUGUCUUGCCUUAGCGGUAGACGGAGCAGGUCAGGCUGGGCAGGUGGGUGGUGAGGGCGUUGCCAAUGAGGAUGGGGGUUUGGAGGCAGGGCUGGCGCGGCCGCUGGCGCAGGUGCGGCCCGAGCUGGAGCCCCAGCUGCAGCAGUGGCUGGAUGAGCGCCUGCCGGUGCGCGGCGGGCUGCAGCUGCAGCUGCUGGUGCUGCGGGGGCUGCCCAGGAACCCGGCUGGGAAGUUGCUGCGCAGGCAGCUGCCCGCACCUCCACCUCCGCCUCCACCUCAGCCACGGCUGCCGCUCUCACUUCCAGCCCCGCAUGCCGGUGAUGCCACACAGCCGCUGCCGCCCUGGAGCCCCGCCUCCCGACCCGACCAGCAGCAAGGGCAACUGGCACAGGGGCAGGGGCAGGGGCAGCUGCAGCGGGAGCAGCCGGCUGCGCCCCCCAGUGAGGUGGAGGUGAUGCGGGCGCUGGUGGCGGCCACAGGCCUGACCCGCCUGGAGGCCACCACGGACGUGUUCAGGGCGGGCGCCACCUCACUGGCGGCGGUGGAGGCGGCGGCACUGCUUGGAGUGGACGUGCGACUGCUUCUGAGCUACCCCACCGCCCGGCGGCUGGCAGCGGCGCUGGGGGCUGGCGCCGCCGCGCCGCAGGGACUGGAGGGUGACAGAGGUGGUGAGACAGCAGGCAGAGACGAGACCUCGGCCCGCCCAGCCGCCAAACGGCUGCGGCUGGGCGAGGCGGCCGCGGCCGUUGCGGUCGGCGCCAAGACCGAGGUGGUGCUCCAGGCACCGCUGGUUGCUGGUGCGUCGGGGGUGGUGAACAUCUUGACCAGCGGAUUUGCCGAGGCGGCGGAGGCUCCGACGCAGCAUGGGACCGAAGCGUUCAUGCCCCGAGGCAACGAUCCGGCCGCAGACGCAGCUGCAGCAGCUGCACAUGCAGCUGAGAGUGGGUCGUCUGCGCCUGCGGUCCGGCUGCGUGAGGCGGCGCGCUGCUGGCGCCGGCUGACGUGGAGGUCGGGCGCAGGGCGCGGCGGCGAGAUGGUCAAUCCGAUGUGUGCGUCUGGGACAGCCAGUGCUGCUGGAGUCGUGGGCCUCGCAGGUGCUGGCAGAGACGGCCACACAGGGGUUGGCACUCCCGAGCCUGCUCACCGGGGCCCGCCGGUAAUCGUCGGCGACGCCGAGCAGCCAUGUUCAGCCGGCCUCCUCCGCCCUCGCGGCCGCUGGCGCUAUCAGCUGGGGCGGUGUGUGGAUGCACCUGUCCUGCACCUGUCGCUGGUGGCGUCGGCGUCAGUGCCUGUGGGGGAGGCGCAAGGGGUGCAGGGGGAGCAGGAGGGCGUCACGGAGCUGGUACUGGUGCUGGCUUGCUCCCACGACGGCGACGUGGCGUGUCUGGACGCGGCCACCGGGCUGCCGUACUGGCACGUGCGGCUUCCGGCACGUGCCGAGGCGGGCAUGGCGGUCGCGUGGGGCCCUGGCGGCGCAGCCGAAGGAGCGCAGCCGCCACCCACCGCUUGCGUGCAGCAGCAGCAGCCGCAGCGGCAGCAGCCGCAACAGCAGGGGGCGGGGGCAUCACCUGUCAGGCAUGCAGACCGGGAGCUGUAUGUGGUAGUGGCCUGCGGAGAUGGCCGGCUGUACAGCCUGCGACUGCAGGAUGGCCGGGCGCCUGCGCCUGCGCCUGCGUCUGCGCCUGUGGACUCUCCAAGUACGCAGCAGCCCUCGCACGAGCGCGAUAGUAGUGCACCCGCUGGUCAGGCGGCAGACGGGUGGUGGGCGGUGGACUGUGGCGGCGAGUUCAAGUGCGCGCCAGCCACCGACCCCUGGCUGGGCUGCGUGUGGGCCACCAGUCACGGCCGGGCCCUGGUAGUGAUGCGGCCGCCGGGGCAGCUGCUGGCCAGGUAUGAGGUGGGUGCGCCCAUGUCCACACCGGUGGUGUUUGCGGGAGUGCCGGCCGGUGGUGGCGGUGUCAACAAAGCCGCAGCCGCAGCUACUGCCUUGCAACCACAGCCGCGGCAAGGGGCCGUGACUACGCACCAGGGCUUGGCGCUGCUAACCGCCCUCAACGGCAGCGCGACCGCCCUCAGAGUUCGCCUCACUUCCAGCAGCGUCACCCGCUCCUCCAGCACAACCUCCGGGUACACUGCGGAGGCGGUCUGGCUGGAGCCGCUGUGGACCGUGCGUGGCCCCGCGCCAGUCUUCAGCGCACCCCUGCUGCUGCCGAUGUGGGGGCCGAUGCCGGCCUCAGCUGUGCCAGCAGAGGUGCGGCAAAGCAGUGCAGCUGCCGAGGUCGCGGCUACAAGCGGCGCCUCGGGUAGCGCAGGCGGAGGGCCUGGGGUGCUGGCGGUGGUACCGCACGUCGACGGCUGCGUGCGGGCGGUCUGGGCAGACCCGGCCUAUGCUGGCACCGCUGAACCAAGUGCAGAGCCAAUGCCAGCUCCCAACUCGGCAGAGGCCGCCGGCGGCGGCACCGCGAGCCCGGGUUCAGCCGUGGUCAGCUGGAGCCUGCAGCUGCGUGGCAACCUGUUUGCUGACCUGUUGCUACUGCCGCUGCCGGAGGCCGAGACAGCAGCGGCAGCUACAACGGACGCCCUGCUUCCAACUGGGACGACCGCCACGGCCAGCGGACGCGCCGUGCCCGGAGAACGCUGGCGGCGUGGCUUAUUGGCUCAACAUGACCGGCAGCACCACGUGGCGCUUGCGGCGACGCACGCGGGGCUGCUGUAUGGCCUUGACCUCGCACGUGGACAUGCGCUGUGGUGCCUGGACCUGGGUUGCGGGCCCAUCUCCGCAGCUCCUGCAGCCAUCACAGUAGCAGUCGCCGCGGCGGCCGCAGCAGGCGACACGGCGGCACCGAGCACCUCUGCAGGCGUUCCUGCGGUGCGGGUUCAAGGAUGCGGCUCAGUGGUGGCGGUGCUGGCAAGUAGUGGAUCGGUUGCUUUGGUGGCGCUUGGUUCCCAGGGAGGGGAAGUUGCCACGUGCGUUCAAGGAUACCGGAUGCCGGCGGAGACCUUCUCGUCACCGGCAGUAGUGUGCCAUCCUUUGAGGCGGGCAGGCGGGCUAAACGGUGGCAGCCGGGCGUCAACGCUACCUGCUGCAGCGCAUUCGUUUUUGCUGUUCGGAUGCCGGGAUGACUGCGUCUACAGCCUUGCAUUGAAUUGAGCGCCGGCUGUGCUGCCAGUGGAAAGAGUGUGUGGGAUGGUCAGCAGGGGCGACGGAGGUGAGCGGCGAAGGAGCGGGCGGCGGUGACUUAAGCGUCGGUUCAGGGGUGGUGCAAGGGGUGGUGUGCAGCCGUGUGCAGCUUUAGCGCCGAAGUGGAGGGCACCUGCCUGCAGAGGUUCCUAUGAGCCUGGAGGCGCACUGCACUAAAGCUUGCAGCAUUCUGAAUCCGUGAACGUUGUUUGGCGCGCCGCUGAUGCUGACGGAUUGCAGGCGACCACCGAAUGUACGGACAG